AUGGCGUCGCAGCAAAUGGACGAGAAGGUGGUUGCGCCUCACGGCACUGCCAUAACGCAGCAAUUCGCUGAGGGCAUUCCUCCGCUGGAGCAGCCCGUUGUCGCCGAUGUCAAGGAUGAUGUCAAGGACGGGCUCAAGGUCGACAUCGAGGAGGAGCCUCAGGAGCUUGAUCUCUACAGCCCUCUGCCCAUGGACCCCAACCUACCCGUGGAAUAUGCCGCUCUGUCCCUGCGGGCGGUCCUCACUGGUUGUAUUCUCGGAUGCCUGGUCAAUGCUUCCAAUUUGUACCUGGGUCUCAAGACUGGUUUCACUUUCACGGCGAACAUGUUCGGAGCCAUUUUCGGCUACGGCAUCGUCAAGCUGAUUUCCAAGAGCGCCGGCAACCUUCCGUGGAUCGGCGGCACCUUUGGUCCCCAAGAGAACUCCAUCGUCCAGGCCGCUGCCACCGGUGCCGGUGGUAUCGCUGGUAUUUUCGUCGCUGGUAUCCCCGCCAUGUACCGCCUCGAUCUUCUGAGCAACAACCCCAAGGACGAUCUCGGUCGCAUCUACACUCUGACCAUCGUCUGCUCCUUCCUGGGUCUCUUCUUCGUCACCCCGCUACGAAAGUUCUUCGUCGUCCGUGUCGCGCGCGAGCUCAGGCUCAUGUUCCCCACCGCCACCGCCACCGCGCUCACCAUCCGCUCCAUGCACGCCGGUGUCGCUGGAGGCAUCGAGGCCAUGAAGAAGCUCAAGGCGCUGGGCAUUGCCUUCGCUGCCGCCCUCUGCCACCGCGUCGCCUCCUACUACGCUGUUGGCAUCCUCUAUGACUGGCACGUCUUCACCUGGAUCCACAUCUGGUCCAACUACACCUCGUGGGCCAUGAACAUCGAGUCCUGGGGCUGGUACAUUGAGAUUACGCCUGCCUUCAUUGGCUCGGGUAUCCUCAUUGGUAUGAACUCGGCUCUCUCCAUGUUUGGCGGAUCCUUCCUCGCCUGGGGAGUCAUCGGGCCUCUCCUGGUGCACUACGGCACGUGCAUCGGUAUCCAGCAGUACCCGGAUGACCCGCACUGGGACAGCUACUACAACUUUGCCAGUCUCGCCAAGCUUGCGACGCGGACCCCUUCGCCCCGUUACUGGCUGCUCUGGCCUGGUGUCAUGAUCAUGGUCUGCUCGUCCAUGGCAGAGCUCUUCAUCCAGUACAAGGUCAUCUGGAUCGGUCUCAAGUCGGUGUGGCACCAGAUCUGCGUUGGCAUCAACACCAUCCUGGUCAAGCGCAACAAGGUCUCCCCGUACUUUGCCAGGCACGCUGAGGAAGAGGUCAGGAACGACGAGACCGUCAAGGACCCCGCCCCUCCAGAGCAGCAGGUCAAGGACUGGAUCUGGAUGGUUGGUCUGGUCGUCUCCGUUAUCCUUGCUAUCCUCAUCUUCCACUUCCAGUGGGACAUGAACCCCGGCAUGACCAUCCUUGCCUGCAUUCUCGCCUUCAUUUUCUCCUUCCUCGCCAUCCAGAUCGGUGCUGUCACCGACCAGACUCCUCUGACCGCUGCUUCCAAGGCUUCGCAGCUGGUAUUUGGUGGUGUUACCCAGGGCUCGCACUACCCCAUGAAGAAGGCCCAGACCAUCAACUUGAUCGCCGGUGGUCUUGCCUCUGGCGGUGCCGAUGUCGCCACCAACUUGACUGCCGACUUCCGCACCGGUUUCCUCAUCGGCACCUCCCCCAUCCAGCAGUGGAUCGCCCAGGCCAUUGGCACCUUCUGCGCCGUCUGGCUCGCCCCGGCCAUGUUCGUCCUCUUCACCUCGGCCUAUCCCUGCAUCAUCCACAUCAAUGACGACGAGAAGUGCGCCUUCGCGGCCCCCUCCGUCUCGGCCUGGCAGGCCGUCGCCGAGGCCGUCACCGACCCCCGCGUCAAGAUCCCCUGGUCGGCCGGCAUCUUCGCCAUCGUCAUGGGCGUCUUCUCCAUCAUCCAGGUCAUCUUCCGCCACUACUACCUCGUCGGACCCCGCGAGAAGUACCGCCAGUACCUGCCCAACUGGGGCGCCAUCGCCCUGUCCUUUGUGCUGCCCAACCCGGUCUUUACGAAUGCUGCGCUCAUUGGCGCCAUCAUUUCUAAGGUCUGGAAGACGUGGAGGCACAGGUCCUGGGAGAUCUACGCCUAUGCCAUCGCCGCUGGUCUGAUCGCUGGUGAGGGCAUGGGCGGCGUCGUCGGCGCCAUCCUGCAGCUGACUGGUGUCUCCGGUGACAUUCUCGGUACGAAUCUGGGAUGCCCCAACCUGUCGUGUUAA